AUGUCACAUCAGACAUCCUCAGAUAACCUCCAAAUCAUACCCCUGCCUUCAACGCCAGGUUUCAGUGACGGCAAUCAGGAUGCCUGGCCAAAGGAGGCUUACUGGAGGAAGACUGAUGACUGGCUUUAUCGUCACAAGCUGGCGAUGAUGUGGAUGCAGAAGACUAAUAAGCUGGUGAAAGGACAACAGUACAUCCUGGACAAACUGCCUGACCAAUUUGCCCUUUUGGAUCGGCCUCGGUUUAGUGCUCCCACUAUUCGAGACAAGUUUCUUUAUGGUCACCCCUCAGGGGCCCCUUUCAACUCCCCAAAUAAUUUCUUCCCUCACUUCUAUUGGUUGAUGAGCGGUAGGUCGGGCUUGUGUGCCUGUGAACCUUGCAGGAAGAAGAAAUUCCAGGCUAGAGCUGCACAGGGAGGUACACCAGAUUUUAUUACUCCUACUGCACAUCAUCGCGGCCCAGGUCGUCCGUCCAGAGGAAGACCGUCCAGAGGAGGUUUCAGACCCGAUGUCGCACCAAGACAGUUCACGGACUCUGAAGGAGUUCCGGACAUUUUCCGGGAAACAGUGACCAGACUCAGCAAGGAAGGCGAAAUAGAUGAACCGAUCUCUGAACCGCAAAGCAUGGACUGGAGGGCAGAGAAUAAGCUGCUACGCGAACAGCUUGUUCGAAUCAACAUGCAAGGCUCAUACAUUCCCCGAGUCGGGGAGGUUGUUCUCUGGAUACCGCAUCUCAGCCGCCAUGACGAGCUUAGAUAUAACGAACAAGCCGGUUCGUAUCAGAUCUUCUCCCAUGAAAAGGCGCGGUUCAAGGGAAUCCCCGAGUGGAGAGCGGGGACCAUCAGCGAGACUCCCGAUAAGGACCCCGUGGUCUUGGAUGAUCUCAUUGAACCGACGCAGAAGAAAUGGGAGGUCAAUUACUCGGGUUUCCGGGUCGAGACAUUUCCAGACCCAAACAGCGACGACAAGAGCGCUUCACUUCAAUAUCAAUAUGUGCAUAUCUAUGUCCUGCGUCCGUUCAAUUCGUGGCCCAUCUGGCUCGAACAUGUGCCGCAGAAGGAGUGGCAUCCUUCAAUCACACAUGCGAUGACGGUCAUGUCUUCGAUUUCUAUGGUAAACAAGUACCGUUUCAAGGGGGUAUGGCCCAAUGCAUCGAUCUAUUGUCGAGGGAUGUUUCUUGGGCCAGAGAUGAUUCUUGUUGGUGACGCGGUGCGACUGAAACCGAAAGGAGCCAAAGCCGGUAGUGCUGGCGAUGCAUUGCCCAGCGUGACAGAUAUAAUGGUCAUCAAGCGCAUAGAAUUCAGACUGAAUUCAUGCAUCGACGACGCACAAUCUCCGCAUCUCGCCAAAUCCUAUUCUGUGCGCGUACGGGGCAACGUCUAUACACUAGCUCCGCACAAAGCCUAUCGCAAGGAAGGCGAAUACAGCAGCCUACCCCUCAACCGCCAAGAAGUAAUCGAAGCCUUUCAACAAGUCGGCAUGAGCGAGUAUGGACUCUGGUAUCGCACGCACCGGCCCGGCACAACCGUCGAGAUAUCGCAAGACAUGAUUAUCGGACGGUGCUUUGAGCCGCCGGCCAUGCAGGUACUUUUUGGGCGCUCCUCUUCGUCUUUUUCUUCUUCCCCGUGCCUCGACUUUGAUCUUUUCGGCAUGCUCGCCAGCCGCGACUAUUCUCGCCAGACUGAUAACCGCAUGGCAGAAGGUCAGCACUGGUUCUGGGCCGACCACCGCGUUCAGGCACUCGGCAUCGACACUCUGAAUGGGGAGGAAGUCGGUCGGUACUCCGAGGCACGCGAUCCGCGGAUGUGGAAGGGCGUGCUUAAUAUUCUUGACGGCAAGGCUUCGCAGGCGGACUGGAAUGCGGCAAAAUUGCCUCGAAGCGCUGGCAGACAACCCGGUAGACCGAAGUCGAGGUUUGCGGAGAUCCAGAAGAUGAGUUCGCUGGUUAGUAGCGGAUUGAAUAUGGAUAUUAGUGCUAAUGUCAGCUCGAGCGAUGAGACGGUUAAUACGUCUGAGGAGGAGGAGGAGGAGGAGGAGCAGGAUGAGGAUGAGGAAGAGAGCAUCAAGAGGACCACUUCGAAUUCUCCGUUUAGCAUCGCUGGACCUGUUCGGGACCGCGAUGAUAAUGACGGCGGCGGCGAAGAAAAAUAA